GUAUGUGUGUGUGUGUGUGUGCUGCUGCUGCCAGGUGGAGGCGAUGUCGCUCCUCCUCUCUCGUCUCCUCUCCUCCUCUCCUCUCUGCUCAGGCGCUUUCUCUCAGUCUGCUGGGUGAGAUCAUUACAAGACACCAGGCUCCAGGACCUGACAUUCACGGGAAAAGCAGAGAGAGAAAAGGAGCGCGAGGGAGAGAAGACGAAGAAGAAGCAGGAGAAGAAGAAGAAGAAGAAGAAGAAGAGGGAACCGGUGAUCCGACGCAACCGGCGACAAACAGCGAGCCACAGCACCGUGUCCAGCCUCGGCUCUCCUGUACUCCGUGCUGACGCGUAAAAAGCGCGCUCUCGCCGCUGACAUUUCCCCGCUGGAUUUUUUGGGCUUGUAGUCGGAUGCGGGCUUGUUUUGACUGCAGUAACAGUGCUACUCACCCCCACCACCGCCACCGCCACCUCCUCCUCCGUCCCUCCUGCCUAACCGAGUAGCGGAUUUGCGAGGGAUCUCAGCUUCGGCGAGUGAGCAGCGAUCCUGCGCGGCUUCGCAGACGCACCGCGCACCAAAAGCAGCUCACACGCGUCAGUCCGCAGGAGCACUGGACAGAUCUGAUUUCUCUGAGGAAUUGGACACAAGCGCCAAGUUUCCGAUUGGGUUUUUUCUCUCUCUCUCUCCCCUCCUCCUGUUUUCUACCUUCCUCUGUCAUCAGAUCGAGUGCAAAAAAAAAAGAAAAUCCUAUAUUCGCCCUUUUUCCCCCCUUCCUUCCUUUCCUUUCCUUCCUCUCCCUCUCUCCAAAGCACCGUUGACGCCAUUUUCCUCCGGGUUUUCUUUCAAAAAUAUACCCGCACGGUUUUUUUUUUCUGCACCGUGUGACAGCUCCCCGGGAGGCUGUCAUCCCAUCCGUCGCUUGCGUAAAAUGUGUCCAAAUGGAUUGUAAAUGAUCUUGAUGAAAUAUUUACACGUUCGAGCCGAGACUGUGACAACAUUUAGACAUGGACUGUCCCUGGCUUCGCUGUGAUCCCGUGGGACAACCAACCGAACCCCAGUAGCUGACCGAUAACAACCAACCCGUCGGACAGACCUCUGUUCUCUUUCCUCCUUUUGGCUGGCCGCCACAGCUUCCCCCAUCCUAACUGGCUUUGGCUGGAGUGUGGAUGGAGCCAAGGGAUCUGGUUGGCUCGGCCCAACCCAACGAGGUGGAGUUAAAGGGAGGCAGGGUGGGGCCAAAUGACGAGGACCGGGAAGGAGCACGAGACAUUGGUUUGGUGUGCGGUGACGAUGUGAUUAACGGUGGCAUCAGUGAAGGGGAGGGGCUUGAGGAGCAGGGGGAGGGGCUUUUGGAAGAGCAGGAGUUCUCCAUCAAGGAAGCGAGUUUCCAGGAAGGAAGUCUAAAGCUGAAGAUCCAGACCACCAAGCGCACCAAGAAGCCUCCUAAGAGCCUUGAGAACUACAUUUGUCCGCCGGAGAUCAGGAUGACCAUCCGGCCUCCAGCCGGAGAGGGCAAAGCGGGGCGGCAGGGACGAACAGGAGGCGGAGCGGGGAGGGGCCAGAAAGAUGAAGAACGAGGACCGCCCAGAAAAAGGACAUACGAGCGCCAGUUCAGGAUGCCUGAGCAGAGAGAAGGAGGCCUGCUGCAACUACUGGGAGAUCACACUCCACCAAAACACCAGCUCCGCGGCUCCCUCCAUCCUGCACACGCCAUCUCACACACACAGCACGCCCUUGCGCAACAGUUCCAGCACCAACACCAAAUCAAUACACACUGGCUCACGUCCACGGCACCUUCUGCAUCCCCAGCAAAUUCAGAAGAUCGUGAUCCAGCCAGAGAACAGUCAGGAGCCAGUCGGAGCAAUUUGCUUGAUCCCAGUCAACCUUUCUCACAAACAGCAACACAAAGCCCCUCACCACAGAGAUCCCUGACUCCAGACCUGCAGUUGCCAGUGGUUACUGAUGCCAGUAUUCUCAACCUGACCUCUCUCAGCAGGGGGAGGGGUUUGCAAGAAGUUAGCGAACAGCUCUUUGGGAACAUCAAGAGGAAGUAUGGCAGGAAAGACUCCCAGAGGAUGCUCUGUAACCCUCACAGUGCUGAUUCACCGUGGGGAAAGCAGACAGAGAAAGGAUCGGAGAGCCCAACUCAUUCAGAGAGGUACAGGCAAGAGGAGGCCACCGAACGGGUCCAUGAAGAAAGAGAGGAAAGGAGAAAAGAGGAUAGGGAGCGAGCAAUUGCUGGGAGGAAAGGAGAUGAAGAGAGCAGGGGGAUGCUAAUGCUUACAGAGGAGGGGAAAGGACGAAAGAGGCGGAGGAGGCCUUCUUUUGACGAGUCAUUUUCCGCUCAGGAGCAAUCACAGCAACGGCAGGAUUCGGACACUACAGAAAAACACCAGUCUGGGCCGCCAGAACCCAAAGUAGCACAUAAGAUGGAGACUCACAGAAAUGAUUCUCGACCCACAAGAGAAGCUGAUGUCAAUGGAGAGAGGAUGGAAAAAGCAGAGAGAGCAGAUAAAGGUGAUAAAAGAGAAAAGGGAGAGAGGACGGACAGGGCUGAAAGAGGAGACACAGUAACAAGCAGGACCGACUCAGAGUCAGCUUUGAGUACAAACAGAAUGAAAAAGAACCCAGUGGGUCGCCCUAAAAUCAGCACAGACAUCCUUAAACACAGAGAAUCUACUCACAGUCUAAUCAACAAAUCGGCAAAUCCCAGACUCCCGAGCCCAAAUCCCAGCCCCAGCCCCAGGAGUAGCAUCAGUCCUAGUCCCAGUCCUAAAUCCAGAGUUAACAUCAGUCCUAGCCCCAGUCCUAAACCCAGAUUUAACAUCAGUCCUAGCCCCAGUCCUAAAUCUAGAGUAAACAUCAGUCCUAGUCCUAGCCCUAAAUCCAGAAUUAACAUCAGUCCGAGCCCCAGUCCAAAAUCCAGAAUUACUAUCAGUCCAAGCCCUAGUCCUAAAUCCAGAAUUAACAUUAGCCCUAGUCCUAGCCCUAGACCCAGGAUGGCCUUGAGUCCUAACCCCAGCCACAGCACCAGCUCCAUAGUCAGUUCCAGACCAACCAAGGCAAAGGACAGGUGGUCCUACCUGAAAGCUAAAAGCCAUGCCAGCCUCACAUCACCCCAGAGAGACAUCCGAGGUAGCCCGUCAACCCUUACAGACCCACCUUCAGCUUUUCCCAUCACCCCUUCAAGUCCGCUUUACACCAACAGUGACAGCCUGACCGUCCACACGCCCAUUAAGAGGAAACGAGGCCGUCCCAAGAAGCAGCCACUCUUAACAGUGGAAACCAUCCAUGAGGGCACCUCUACAUCUCCACCAAGCCCACUAGCACAGGAUAUAUCAGCAGGGCUAAACAGCAGGAAGAAGACACAUACGCUAAACACAUUAGUGCAAAUGACAUCCACGACCAUCAGUGCCAAUUCUAACAGUCUGAAACUAAAGCGUGGUCGAGGGCAUUCCAGGCCAGUGAAUAAGAUGAAGCUUGGGAAAAUGCAGAGCAUCCUGAAUGAGAUCCUCUCCGGUUCCAGUCAGAAUGGCAGUCUGCCUCUGAAGUCAGCCUCUGCCCCUGUCACCUCAGCAAUGAGUGCCAUGGCAUCCACCAUUGAGGCGCGGCUGGGAAAACAGAUAAAUGUCAGUAAGAGAGGAACCAUCUACAUUGGUAAGAAGCGAGGGAGAAAACCCAGAGCAGAAACUCAAAACUGCAACCUGAACAAAACCACAAGAGACAAGCCCUCCCUGUUAGUUUCCACAGCCAGUCUAUAUGAGAGUCCCACAGUGCCUUCCAACACCUUGUCUCCCAGCUCCAGCACUCCAUCCAUAAGAGCCAGCCACUCUGAUACCACUAUGCCCAGUCUGCAGCCCAUUUCAGCCCUACCCUCAAAGCCACUGAGCAGGGGCUUUCUCUCUGGAGGAUGGAAGCUGUCUCCUCCACGCCUCCUCGCAAAUUCACCCUCACAUCUGUCAGAGGUGGCGUCAGUGAAGGAAGUGACUCUGUCACCCAUCAGCGAGUCUCACAGUGAGGAAACUAUUCCCAGCGACAGCGGGAUUGGAACAGACAACAACAGCACCUCAGACCAAACUGAGAAGGGUCCCGCUUCUCGACGCAGGUACUCAUUUGAUCUGUGUGGGUUUGAGGCUGCGGAGGCCGCAGCUCUGGAAGCAUCCAACAGGGGCAGCAGAACACGCUGUGAACGACAAGUAACUGCAGUUGACAACUUUCUGUCACAGCAGGAAAAAAAGCAAAAGCAUCAUCGGCGAAAGAGGAAGUGCCUGCAGAGCCGGGAUCAUCUCCACUUUCUCUCUGAACUGGAAGAGGUUGUGGUAAAGCUCCAGCAGCUGCGAGUGUCUCACAGACGAUACGCCUGCUUCCCACAGCACCCGUAUCCCUCCAUCUUUCGCCUCAACUUCCAUCAUUAUUACCCAGUUACCUAUGAUUCCUACUCCUGUGACUCCAGCUCAUACCUCCGCAGGAGUGCCGAUCUGAAGGCGAAGAGGCGACGUGGUCGUCCAGCCAAAGCCAGCGAGCCAAUCACAUCGAAGCUGCCUUUUGUUCAAGGAUAUAGUUAUCCGCUGGCAGGGGGAAAUUUCUAUGCAGCACCGUAUGCGAUGCCUUAUGCACCUCCUCUGAGUCUGGGCUACUUUCCCCCUGCUCCCUCGUUCUACCUGCCCCACCACUCUCUAGGACCUGCACCUCCAUCUCCCUUCAUGAGACCUGCUGUCCCCCCUCCAAAGGCUUUCCACUCCAGUGGACACUCCAAGCUUCAGGCUGGGACCAAGCUUCGCAGCUCCAGUGGCCCACUCCAGGGGUCGUCUGUAAGAGGAGAGGGUCUCGGCUCCCUGGGCAAUGGCAGCACAGGUGGCCUCACAGGGGUUCGCCUCCAUAAGAGGAAGCACAAGCACAAACAUAAGCACAAAGAUGAACCCCUCCUUUCACCGCGAGACCGGCAGGAGUUGGGUGGGCUCUUCAGUGGAGCUAAGACCACUGCGCGUCUCAACAUGCUGAAUGACAGGAGGGACUUGUCCAGUCAGGGCUCAAAGCAUCUGGAGAAGCAGAGGGGCAUCGGUCGGGGCUCAAGCCUGGGAUCCAGCUUGGGGAUGUUUGAGUCAGACCAGCUGUCUACACACUCGCUUGCUGACAGCCACUUACACUCCCGUCAGACUGGACAGCCUAUAAGCAGCUUCAUGAGUAGCUACAGUAGCCAGUCACAGCGAUCAGAGUCGGCUCCGGAUCUCUUUUUGGGGUCACGGGAGGACGAGUGUGGUGGAAGGAGCAGGAAGACAAGACUGGCAGUGUUUGGAGAUCAGGGCUUAAUGUCAUUCCAAACAGCCAGGCAGGAGCCAGGACAGAUGAACCAGUGCUCCAGUCCCUCCCUCACUGGUGUUCCCAGUAAACGGAGGUACAAACGUCGCGAGGUGGAACAGAUCCAGAAGGACGUCAGGAGAAUGCAUUCUUUGAACUUUGAGCAUGUGCAGAAAAUCCUCCGUGCCAAACGCCUCCAGCGACAGGCGAAAACGGGAAAUAACAUUGUCAAAAGACGGCCCGGACGGCCCCGGAAACAACCCGUGGAGGAAUCGGAACCGACCAACAGGAGGGUGGAAGAUCAGGUCGAUGGUCGGAGUUUGGACAUGUUGGCUGGCAGGAGAGGUGAUGUGAGGACUCUGGGGAUGCCUGUCCUGGAGAGGUGUGACGACCUGCCAGGUAGGCAGAGCCUCAGGCCAAACUUGACCCCCGAGCCUUUGGAGUUCUCCAAUCACGAUUCCAUCUCAGCAACAAUUGAGACAGUGGUGCAUCAAGCGCGGUCUGUGGCUCCACUGGCCAAAGGGGGGAAACGCAGAGGCCGGGGCCACAGCAGGGACGAACUAUGGGCUCCCUCCAGUCAGUAGACCUACAGGAGAGAGCAGCUCUGUGACCGGAGCCAGUGCUGCAGUUCAAGCCUACGAGAUGCAGUGACCUUAAUUGUGGGACUCCUCUGUGCACUUUGACUUGUUCCUUCUCUUGGAUUUUACAGUGGGUGAGUGCAGGAACAGGAGGAGGGAACACUUCCUGCCUGUUCGCCACACCCACCAGAAGAUGAGCCUUUCAAUGAUUUGUUGGACCUUCAUUUACAAUGGCACUAUAUGGUACUAUUUGAUACUCAAUCUGAUGCUAUAAAAGUGUGUGGUACUUAUGAUAGUGUAGGAUAUUAUGUGAUUCUCCAUGUAUCUGAUACAGUGAUGUGUAUGGUACUUAAUGAUACUGUAUCUGAAUUGUGGCGUUAGCCAUAUAUUUACCAGCAAGGGGAGGGGAAUGGUUAAUAUAAAACUGUGCAGCUCUGUUUAUUUUUGCCUUUCUGAGGAGGCUUGUCAAGGACAUGGAGUAAUACAGCAGUAAUUAAGCCACCUUACGCUAUAACCUGCCCCUGCUCCCACCUGAACCUGUCCCUUCUUCCCCGUCUUGCUCUAUCUGAGAAGUAGCUCGUACUUCCCAGCUUCCCUCGCCUCGUUCCCCCCCGCUUGACACUCACCGUGAGUCUUUAGCCCUCUUCCCUGGUGCCUGCCCGCUCACCUCCAUCUACCUUUGUCCUCAUCCACUCCCAAUCAUGUUUUGCAUCUGCCAUUGCUUGUGCUCCCCCCAACAAACCCCCUUGUCUUGUUCAUUUACCCCCCGCCUGCUCAGGCCUGUCUGAGCAGGACGGCGACAUAAUAAGGCAAUAAGGUGGAAUAGACUGUCCCAGACUGUACAUAGAAAACAAAGUCCACUGUUGCCUGCCUUGUACAAUGGAGAACCAGCUCUUAGACAUGUACUGGCAUACCUACAGUAUAUUGAAUAGAAUUGUUGUACCAUAGACAAUGAAAGUUGUGUAUUGUUUUAUAACCAAAAACAGAUGUGGGUGCGACUCAAGACAAGUUUGUUUUCAGACACAAAGAACCACAUGUAUUCGUUCAUACACUCAUUACUUUGUUUAUAUCCAGGGGGCAUUACAUACAGGAGGAAUAUCAGGUGUGUUUUUGGUAAACCUUAAACUUGGUUUAAUGCACUAUGAAAAAAAAAAGAAAAAAAAAGAGAGAAAUAUACACUUGCAUCAAUCAAAUGCAGCACUUACAUGCUAGUUCCAGCCUUAUGUUUUGGCCUUUGAUGGUGUGGAUAUCCAUUCCAGUGAGCAUGCAUUAUUUUAAUCAAUGUGUAUAUGCAGGCUGCGCAGCCAAAAGCGUCGAACCCAGGCCCCCAGACUGAAUCAUGAUUGGACAGUUCAGCAGAAGUGGGCUCUCAAGUCAGUAUUUUUGAAAAUCUAAUCCCAGUCUUUGUACUUAACAUGAUUUUUUCAAUCCAUAUGCUUGGAGAUAUUUUUGAAAAGUGAAUCUAGUAUUUAGGUGUAGAAACCAAAGUCUCAGUAUUCAGUGUACAGAUGUGUUAUUUAAAAAGAACCUAAAUCGGAGUUUGACAAACUCUACACCAUGUUGGCACCAAUGUAAAGCAUUCCUAUGUGCACUCUAGAAUGUAGCCAUCUUGGAUUUUUUGUUUUUGUUUCUUCGUGUCAAUGUGUGAGCAUUUGUUAAACUCUAUCUACAGUA